CUGAAUUGUUCUUCUACCAAAAAAGGUGAUUUCUCGUUAAACUGUAACCGAUGGUUUACUUUUCAGCUACCAAGCCUGCCACAAACACCUCAUCUAGCCGAUGCAAAGGAACACUUAGCUCAGCAAUUACUAGGCAAAGCUUCGUUACUCCCGGCUACCAUGUAUCAAACGUUAUGGUCUCAACCGUUCCCGUCGGCCGCACACUUUGCACCAGAUGUGAAGCCAUUCGCUAUGGCGCCAGAGUUCGCGUUGCCGUUCGCAGCCGCAGUUGUGCCACCGCCAGCCGCCGCUGCUGCCGCCGCAGCUGCCGCGGUCGCCAAGAAAACUGCCGACGGUAUCGCCUCAUCCAAGCUUCGACUCACUGGAUUCCAAGCAUAUCUCGAGUUACCGCAUGGAGGCCCUCGUGUCGAUAUUGUAAGCAUUCCCCGAGAUGUCGUCGAGACGGAGACCCUCAAAUUGGAUACAGUCAUCGAAAAGUACCCGAAAUUGCUCACCGAACUCUUUGAACGUGGUCCAUCAGACGCAUUUUUCCUUGCUAAAUGCUGGGCGAAUGUCCAGUUCGACUCAUCUGAUACUGAAAACAGCUUGUACGCGGUCGACUCAUACUACCAUUCUCAACAAAAGUUUGACAUCAGCGUUUCAACGAAGGUCUGCUCCUUUGGUAAUGAGGUCGUCGAAAAAGUAGAGGUCUAUUCACCUGACGAGGAGAACGGCCACUACUCCUUCCGAUUAGAACGUUCACCUAUCUGCGAGUAUAUGGUGAAAUUCAUCUCUGAAUUGAAAAAGCUCGAAUCACGUGACUACAUGAACAACGUGCUCGAGAACUUCACAGUUCUUCAGGUUGUUACCAAUCAAGCCACUGGCGAAACACUUAUGGUCAUCGGUUUCGUGUUCGAAGUGAACGAUCUUCCCGAGGCGAAUUGCUCGAUUUUCCGAUUGGUCGCCUAA